CGGACCGACGUGACAACAAGCUACUUUAACACCCGCCCAUCCGCUUGCCUACCUACUUAGGUACCUCAACUCAAGCUUGGACAAAUCAAAGCAGCCAACCAUCCAUCCAUCCAUCCAUCAGCUUGCUGUGUGUAUGCCCGGAGCUUUACCAUCCAUCACCACCACCACCAUCACCAUCACCACCGUCAGUGACGCCAGGUACCCGAUAACACCAACACCACCACAUAUUCAAUCUGGAGCUGGGACGCUUUGUUGGGCCGCCAUCCCGCCACUAGGAAUAUCGUGUCUUAUUGGUAUCUUGAAGGUGAUCCUUUGACCGGACCCCUUCUGCCCGUGCUCCGUUAUCCCGCCUACCGGCAGCAUCUCGUCAGACUUUGACUGCUCGAUCGUGUAGCUUUGCCUACCCCCCAGGUACCC